GGGGGGGGGGACAUCAGCAAACCUUACCUCAGCACACUGCUCCCAUUAAUUAAAUACCUCCUCGCCAGAUGUGCAGGUACAUGACUGAAGCCCUGUCCUUGGUGGCAUUGAUUGAUUCAUCAUUGAUGGGCACUAAAACCUUUUAAAAAGCAGUCAAAUAAUGUGUGUGCAGUGUCCUGAUCAUUUCCUCACUUUCAAUUUGGGCAAACAUUCAAUUCAGUUAAACUUAUACAGCCCAAUAUCAUAAAUUACGUAUUAUCCUCAGAUGGCGUUACAAUCUGUACACAUACAACAACCCUGACCUUUGACCUCACAUCGGAUCAGGAAAAACUCACAAGAAAUAUAAAAAAACAGUGAAGAAACCUUCAGGAGAGCAACAGAGGAGGAACUCUCUCUCCAGGCUGGACAGAAGCAAUGAAUGUUAUGUGACCAGAAUGAAGCAUCACAGAGUUAGAUAAACAAACAUGUACUGUGUGACAGACAGAUGUGACUUCAUGCUACACAGUAAGUAACAUGCACUCGUCAUUUUUUAUAAUUAUUUUUAUUGGAAAUAAACUCAUAUCUUAGAUACCGUUUUGACUUGUUAUGAUGAAUUGUAAUAGAGACGUUCGCAUAUCUCCUGACAGAAGCAUUAAUCCCACACAGUGUGAUGAUAAAUGGCCUUUCCAUGUAUUCCGACGGGGCGCCCCUCCUGGCCAAUCAGGGUGUCUACAGCAGCUUCGACACCACCCCCCAGCGGCCGCACAGGCGCACUGAGCUCCCAACUGCCAUUUUGUGGCAGAGGCUACUCUGCUAAAGCGGGAGAGGGAUUAAAACUAACUGCGAAGAAGCCUGCAUUUCUCACCGGCGUGUAAAACUUUGAAGCACGGACUCUCUGCUUUCAGUCCAGUUAAACGGGGAGAGAAACCCACGAGAAAGAGUUUCUACCCACCAUGGACAGAGGGCCAACAGAGGGGGGCUACCCCUCCAUCCAGUCGGUUCAUAGCCAGGAUGCUAUGGUGGCAGACCUCCUCCAGCAGGCUGCAGAGGCUGGGGGCGUGGUGGAGGGACACGUCGUCCUGGACCACGUUCACGGGAUGGUUGCACCCACCCAGCAGCAGCUGAUGGAAGCGGGGGUCGGUGUGGACGGUGGAGUCGGGGUUGAAAUGAUGGUUAUGGACUCACUGGAUCCCACUCUGAUGCAGAUGAAGACUGAGGAGAUGGACACUACAGUGGGUAUUGUCGGCGGCGUGACGGUUGGCGCUCACCAAGCAACCGUAACAACGGUGGACCAGACCCAGAUCAUCACACUACAGGUGGUGAACAUGGAGGAGCAGGCGGCUCUGGGUCUCGGGGAGCUCCAGCUGGUCCAGGUGCCAGUCUCUGCCUCCACCGUCGAGGCCCUGCAGCAAGGCACCUAUGUGGACGCCACCGCUAUGCCGAAGGACGGAGACCCGGUCAUCUGCCACACCCUGCCGCUGCCCGAGGGCUUUCAGGUGGUUAAGGUCGGCGCUAACGGGGAGGUGGAGAUGGUGGAGCAGGAGGAGGGGGAAGCCCACCUGGAAGAGGAGGAAGAAGAUGAGGUGGGGAACCAGCUGUUGGACGAGGUGGAGGAGGAGCCCAUCCAGCCUCAGAAUGAUGAUCCAACCUGGGCCAAAGACCCCGACUAUCAACCCCCAUCAUCUGGAGGUCUCAGGAAGCCCAAGAAGCUUACGGUGAGGUCUGACGGACUGCUGUUUGUCCAGGUUAAAAAGAACCGCCUGCGUUACGGCGAAGGGGACAAGGACAUGGACGUCAGUGUGUAUGACUUUGAGGAAGAGCAGCAGGAGGGCCUUCUGUCUGAGGUCAAUGCUGAGAAAGUGGUGGGCAAUAUGAAACCACCCAAACCCACCAAGAUCAAGAAGAAAGGAGUGAAGAAGACGUUCCAGUGCGAGCUGUGUAGCUACACGUGUCCUCGGCGCUCCAACCUGGACCGGCACAUGAAGAGCCACACCGACGAGAGGCCGCACAAAUGUCACCUGUGUGGAAGAGCCUUCAGGACGGUCACGCUGCUACGAAACCACCUCAACACACACACGGGGACUCGGCCACACAAGUGCACAGACUGCGAUAUGGCAUUUGUGACCAGUGGAGAGUUAGUCCGUCACCGACGCUACAAACACACGCAUGAGAAACCCUUCAAAUGCUCCAUGUGUGACUACGCCAGUGUGGAGGUGAGCAAACUAAAGCGCCACAUUCGUUCCCACACCGGCGAGCGGCCGUUCCAGUGCAGCCUUUGCAGCUACGCCAGCAGAGACACGUACAAGCUGAAGAGACACAUGAGGACACACUCGGGAGAGAAACCUUACGAGUGCUACAUCUGCCACGCCCGAUUCACCCAGAGUGGAACCAUGAAGAUGCACAUCCUGCAGAAACACACGGAGAACGUGGCCAAAUUCCACUGUCCACACUGUGACACUGUCAUCGCGCGCAAGAGCGACUUGGGCGUCCACCUCCGUAAGCAGCACUCAUUCAUUGAGACGGGAAAGAAGUGUCGUUACUGCGACGCCGUGUUCCACGAGCGCUACGCCCUCAUCCAGCAUCAGAAGUCCCACAAGAACGAGAAGAGGUUCAAAUGCGACAUGUGUGACUACUGCUGCCGCCAGGAGCGCCACAUGGUCAUGCACCGCCGGACGCACACGGGGGAGAAACCCUACGCCUGCAGCCAGUGUGAGAAGACCUUCAGGCAGAAGCAGCUGCUGGACAUGCACUUCAAACGUUACCACGACCCUAACUUCAUCCCCACCGCCUUCGUCUGCCCCAAAUGCAGCAAGACCUUCACUCGCAGGAACACCAUGGCUCGCCACUCGGAGAACUGCACCGGCGAGGUGGACGAUGCCGAGAAUGGAGACCCACCCCCGAAGAAAGGGAGGAGAGGAAGGAAGAGGAAGAUGAGGAGCAGGAGAGAUGAGGAUGACAGCGAGGAGGACAAUGCCGAUCUGGAUGAGGAAGAGGAGGAGGACGAGGCCGAAGGCGACGCCGAGGAAGAAGCGGCGCUGCUGCAAGAAGAGGAGGAGCCAGAGUGCAUGGAACUGGACCAGGCGCCCGCCGCCAUCCCAGUACCGGCUCCCGACGAGCCGCCCGUCAAGAGGAAACGAGGCCGACCGCCAAAGAACGCUCCCAAGACCCCGACGCCCGGCAAGUCGGCCAGGGUGGCUGCCAAGGUGGCCGCUUCUGCGGCGGCCAUCAUUCAGGUGGAGGACGAGAGCACCGGCGCGGUGGAGAACAUCAUUGUGAAGAAGGAGGAGGCCGACGCCGACGCAGAGGAGCAUCUGGACCGGGGCGACGCUCUGACCGUGGAGGGGGUGGAGACUGUGGAGCUGGCAGUGAGCGAGGAGACGGCGGCCGCCGCCGCCAACGGAGAACUGACUCCGGAGAUGAUCCUCAGCAUGAUGGACCGGUGAACCCGUCACACCCGUGUAGCCGGACUAUAAGCACACACACGCACAUACACGCUCACACGUCAACAUGUAUCCUCCUCGUGUUGCUCCUCCCUGUGAGCUUGUAACAGCAGCCGUGUACAAACAAGGGAAGCCGCCUGUAAAUAUUUACACAUACUAACUUCAGAUCCAUGUUCAUCAACACACACACACACACGCAUACACACACACACACAGUCUCUAUCAGAUCUCACACGUCAUAUCCAGAUAUCGUCCACGCUAAUGCUGAUGCUUUAUUAUUUUUCCGUGAUGAAUGACUUUGUGCAUUUUUGCAACUCAUUUCUACCCAAAGCCACAUCCUCUGAACGUUUCAGCUCCUCCACAUGCCGCUCUGCCAAAAGGGGACGUUAUCCGAUCUACCUUCACAUUCUACUCGGUUGUUCGUCUCGCAACGACGCAGUUUUUUGCAAAUACCGAGCCUUUAUAUGUGUGUGUAUAUAUAGAUAUAAAUGUAGUUUUUCCUAAUGAAAGCUAGUGUAUGGUACUUGGGUUUGUCUGUGAGAUCCCAGCGCUCAGAGCUUCUCCCAAAAGGCGUGUUUAGACACGUAUGGUAAGUUAACAGAGGGAUGCCUGUUGAUUCAUAAGGAAAUGGGCAUAAGAUAACAUUCUGAAGUCAGUGAUAACUGUUUGACAGCCUCACUGCCAGCAGCCCACCUGCUUCUUAAGGAAAUGAAAUACACCAAGACAGUUUGUUUUUUAGGUUUCAUUCAUCGCUAACGUUCCUCCUCCUGGAGUCCGCCUGACAUAAACCUGUAGUUUUGGGAUUUUGAACUUUCCAAAUACUUCAAUUAACAUGGAAUCAUGUCACUGCAUCUGAAUGUUGUCCAUUUCAGACGCUCUUAAGUUUUCCAUUUAAAAAAAGUGUUCACUUCUAAGUUACGCUUGGUUUUUGGAACUCGGGAUGCAUGAUAACCAAUAAGAUCACCACGUCACAUUUUAAUAAGUGGUAGUUUAGGCAGCAAUUUGACAUUUUAUUGUAUCGGCUAUAAUUAAAUUAUUGGUAAGAAUUAUAUAAAUGCCCUUGUCGGACAAUAAUUUAUCAGCGUUAUAUAUAUAUUGUGCAUCCAUACUUACUACCACCCCCCCCCCCCCCAACACACACACACACACACACUAAUCAGUCAUCAACUGUGGCAGGUGGUUUACAGCCUGCAUGUAAAUACACAUUUUAAACUUUUUUCUUUUUUAAAAUUAAUUAUGAACCUUUUUUAUAAAUAUUUUUAACGGCUGACUUGGAGACAUUUGUCCUGAGCCACUGACACGUUUUCAGUUUCCGUUUGCGGGUUUGUGCCGUUGCCUCUGCGGCGGUUGAGCCUCGUCUCUUUCUGUGAGGCAAGUUUCACCUCUUCAGGAACAAAGAGCUCAUUCUGAAGGACGAUCGGCUGUAAAUUGUCUGAAAGAAAGAAAAGAAUGCCUUCCUGCUUAGUUAGUUUGCCGUCGGCCUAAUAUGUGACUUAAUAAUGUGACCAUGAGGGAUUUUACAUACUUGUCCCAGUCCUGGACGAAGGCCUGUUCUAUUAGCCCGGGGCUCUUAGUUCUAUUAGCCCACGGCUCUAUUAGCUCUCGGUUAUCCAUUUGUAGUUGACACUGAGGCAUCAGAUCCCUUACUCCAAAUCAAAGUGACCCCUGAAUUGUAUUUAGGCUUGAGAUGAGAGGUCUGAACUCGAGCCAAUCAAAUGCUUUACGACUUGUGAAGCUGUUGAUCCUUCACCACAGGCUGUUUUUUUUAAUGUGGCCUUUUAAUCGUUCUGAGACCGUUGUUGUAUAAUGUUGGAAGAUGAGACACUGUACAGCUGAUGACAAAUAAAAUAAUUCUAAUGGUCC